AUGGCAUCGAGUACAGGAUCCGCCAACGAUGAGUCUGGGACCCCAUCCGCCCGCCGGCCUCGGGUUGUCCUGCCUGCAUGGCUGGACCAUUUCAACAGGACCGACCUGAAGGUGCUCUUUCGUUGCUGGACAGCAGCUUGGGUCGCGACGCUGCUGAUCUUCAUCACCCCCGUGCUGCACCGCAUCGGCAUCGCUACCUUCUUCGGCGCCCUAGUCCUGUACAUCGUUCCCCCGGCUGGCAUCCUCUUCGUCUACCUGCUCGCGUCGCUGUCGCUGCUGGCGGGUAUGUGCCUGGGAUGGGCCUGGGGGCUGCUCACCAUGAAGGCUGCCCUGGCUGCCCGUCCGGCCUCACAGACCCAGGCUCGUCUCCUAGCCCUGGUGCACCAAGCGGCCGCGCAGGCCCAACAGUCCGGGCGGAGCGUCGCGACAGUGGCGCAGGAGCUCGUCCACGAUGGCUUCAUGCUGGACGCCCGCGUCACGGUCGUGUUCUAUGUCAUGAUCUGCGUCUUUGUCUAUGCGAUGGCGCGCCUCCGAGUCGCCAACAACAAAUUCAUCCUGGCGCAGAUCUUCAGCACCAUCAUCGCGGACCUCUUCCUGCUGUUCGGCCCGACCUUGCCCUCGUUCACGGCCUCUCUGGCGGAGGUGCUGGUCGAGCCGGGGGCCAUCGGGGUGGGACUGGGGGCCGCCUGCUGCCUGCUGUUCUUCCCCCAGUCGACCUCGUACGCGGUGCUGACCAAGAUGGAACAGCUGCUCCGCUUGGGUCGGGCUCCUUUAGAAUGUACGGUGUCGCGUCUCGACGGGGAUGCCCUCAGCCUGUCGCAUCUGAUAGAGACCAAAGCCAAGAUCAUCGGCACCCUCAAGGCCAUCGAUCCGCUGCUGGCGUUUCUGCCUCUGGACUUCUCCCGAGGCCGGUGGAAUGCCGACGACGUGCGAUCUCUGCAGCAGCCGGUCCGCAAAGCCCUGCUGGCAACCCUGUCGCUGCUGGAAUACCAUCUGGCGCGGAUCCACAGCGACCAAAAUGCGGAGCGGUUGGAAGCCACCGAUGCGUCCCCGCCGAACAGCAGCGCGCCAGAAAAGCGAGAUCGCGCCGUCGGCCACCAUCAGCUGCAGGCCAGCGCCGAGAUGAUGCACGCAUUCAGGAGCCCGGAGGAGGAAGCCAUCCGGGAGCGGACCCGGCAGGCGCUGAGACACUCGACCAUCCCACUUCUCCAGGCCAGCUCGGGGGCGCUUGACGUUGUCGCCGAGUCGGUCCGCGUGGUCAAUUCGCGGCGAUGGAUCGGGGCAGCCUCGCAGGCAGAGAUUGACCAGCAGGCUGCACGCGCCGAACACACCCUAGACGCCCUGCGGACGACCCGGGCAUCCAGUCUGGCGGCGACCACCGAGGCACUGAUCGAGAGUCACUCGGAGAUGUUCGACGCAGAGGGUUGGUUUGUCAACACCGGGCUGGGGGGCGCCCAUGCCUUGCGAGGGAUCGUGAUCGGGAUGGUCAUCGAGGAGCGCAUCCUGGCGGUGGCCCAGGCGACGGAGGGUCUGCUGGAUCAGAUCCAGUGGCUGCUGCGCAACCGGACCAAGACGCGCCUGUGGAUUCCCUCCCACCUGCAGUAUGCCCUGUCGUGGCUGUCGAGUGGCAGCGUCGCCACCCCGAUGGCCGAGUCUGCCGGUACCACGGCCGUCGACCCGGAGGAGCUGGAGCAGCAGCAGCAGCAGCAGACGGCGGAAGCUGAACGGCUCCUCCGCAUCAGUCGCGGGUAUGGAACCCCCCAGCGAAGCCGUCUGACGCGCGGCAUCAUCGCGGGGUUCCACUGGCUCUUCAACCCGGCCGGCAUGUAUGCCCUGCGCCUGGUGGUGGUGACCAUCGCCACGGCGAUCCCCUCGGCGCUGCCGCACACGGCGGGCUUCUACUACCGCGAGAAAGGCAUCUGGGGGGUCAUCACGGCGCAGACGACCCUGGUGGUGUACAUGGCCGACUUCACCUUCUCCCUGGGGUCUCGCGCGGCGGGGACAGUGAUCGGGGGGGUGCUGGGGAUGGUGGCCUGGUACAUCGGCUCAGGGCUUGGGCCGGGCAACGCAUACGGACUGGGGGCCAUCACGGCGGCAAUGACGGCCGUGCUGAUGUGGUGGCGCAUCUUCCUGCCACCAGCCUUCACCCCGUCGACCAUCAUGAGCGGCGUGACGUUUGUGCUGGUGGUGGGAUUCAGCUACGACGACGGGCACACGCAGCAGUACGGGCUGCCGGGGCGCGGAUACACGGCCUUCUACAAGCGACUCGUCACGGUGCUGCUGGGCUUCCUGGCAGCCUUCGUGGUGCAGCUGUUCCCUCGACCCCCGUCGGCGACGCGACACAUCUGCCACACGCUGUCCGGGACAGUGCGCACUCUCUCCGACCACUACGCCCUCGUGCUGUCGCACUGGGCCCGCGCAGACCCAUCCCACCCGCUCGCCACCGUCGCCGACCGGAUCACCCUCGAGCUGGCUGAGACCCUCCUCUCCCUGACGGGCCCCAUCGCCCUCCUGCGCCUCGAAAUGAGCAUCGGCCCCUUCCACCGCAGGACCCUGCAGCAAACACAGUCCCUCUGCGGAAACAUGAACCAAGCCCUGGGCCGCCUGCUGCUCCUCUCCACCACCCUGCCCCUCGACCUGCAGUCCCGGUUCCAACACACCGUCGGCCUGAACGACGACUUCAUCGUCGGCGAGAUCAUGGCCGUGCUAGGCGUGAUCGAACAGGCCCUGAAAGCCGGGGUCGCGCUCCCGGAACGUCUGCCCACGCCGCUGGUGAAGCGAUGCGUCGAGGCGUGGCAGCGGGAGCAUCGCGUGGCGGAGCUGAGCAAGGAUCUGGUGCGCGAUGAGAAUUAUCGCCGGUACUGCGUGGCGCUGAGCUCGUAUUUGAAGUUUUUGGCGGCGGUGGAUGAGCUGGUUUUGGUGUUGAAGGGGGGGUUGGGCGAGGCGCAUGUUGUUGAUCGUGGGGAGGAUUACGAUAUGGUAUGAGGGAGGGAUAACCCUUGAAUGGUCAGAAAAACUGCCUACCUGGCGAUGGGGGUGUCGAGACACCUUUCUAGUUGAAUUGAACGGUCAUGAGUUCUGACCUUAACACAAUGUCCGGAUCCUGCCCCUGUCCAAAUCUGGAGAGGAAUUUGUCAAUUCAAGACAAAGGCAUGCAUACACUCUCAAACGGUUGAUCACGGCGAGCUAGAGGGUAUGGGUCUGAAAUGUAAGAG